UUUUUCAUCGAAGCACAAGGGCAGCAGACGUUUUAAAGGUGAAGCAGAAAAUGCAUGGUGAGUCUCCUCUCAUCGCCGAGAUGAAGUCAAUAAUGGUAAAAGACCUAAAGGACCGCUAUGACGAUGUACUUCGUGUUGCUUCAGCCCUUGACCCUCGCUUUAAGAAGUUGCCCUUUUUGAGUCAAGAAGAGAGGACCCUGACCUACGAGACUGUGUCAUCAGAGGCAGCUGGUCUUAGAGAGAGAAAAAUGACUGCUGAAGCCUGUGCCCCAUCCACAUCUGCUGAAGCCUGUGCCCACUCCACAUCUGCUGAAGCCUGUGCCCCAACUACAUCUGCUGAAGCCUGUGCCCCAUCCACAUCUGCUGAAGCCUGUGCCCACUCCACAUCUGCUGAACCUGUGACCCAUCCACAUCUGCUGACGCCUGUGCCCACUCCACAACUGCUGAAGCCUGUGACCCAUCCACAUCUGCUGAAGCCUGUGCCCACUCCACAUCUGCUGAAGCCUGUGCCCCAUCUACUUCUGCUGAAGCCUGUGCCCCAUCCACAUCUGCUGAAGCCUGUGCCCACUCCACAUCUGCUGAAGCCUGUGCCCACACCACAACUGCUGAAGCCUGUGCCCACUCCACACCUGCUGAAGCCUGUGCCCACACCACAACUGCUGAAGCCUGUGACCCAUCCACAUCUGCUGAAGCCUGUGCCCACUCCACAUCUGCUGAAGCCUGUGCCCCAUCUACUUCUGCUGAAGCCUGUGCCCCAUCCACAUCUGCUGAAGCCUGUGCCCACUCCACAUCUGCUGAAGCCUGUGCCCACACCACAACUGCUGAAGCCUGUGCCCACUCCACACCUGCUGAAGCCUGUGCCCACACCACAACUGCUGAAGCCUGUGCCCACUCCACAACUGCUGAAGCCUGUGACCCAUCCACAUCUGCUGACGCCUGUGCCCACUCCACAACUGCUGAAGCCUGUGACCCAUCCACAUCUGCUGAAGCCUGUGCCCACUCCACAUCUGCUGAAGCCUGUGCCCCAUCUACUUCUGCUGAAGCCUGUGCCCCAUCCACAUCUGCUGAAGCCUGUGCCCACUCCACAUCUGCUGAAGCCUGUGCCCACACCACAACUGCUGAAGCCUGUGCCCACUCCACACCUGCUGAAGCCUGUGCCCACACCACAACUGCUGAAGCCUGUGCCCACUCCACAACUGCUGAAGCCUGUGACCCAUCCACAUCUGCUGAUGCCUGUGCCCACUCCACAACUGCUGAAGCCUGUGCCCACUCCACAUCUGCUGAAGCCUGUGCCCACUCCACCUCUCAAUCACAGGUGUCACAAAGUGGCCUGACAGAGCCAGACGAUGCUCCUGUUCCAAGAAAGAAAUCCAAGGUGCUAGAUGACCUAUCUGGUGAUGAGUUCUUCCAAUUAACCUCAGAGACUGUUAAGACUUCCAAAGACAUUGCUACAACAAGUUCAAAAAGUAUCAAGAGAAAAAUUCUCUCCUAUUGAAUGGUGACUGUUUGGAAUGGUGGAAAAGGUAUGAAUUCGAGUUCCCCUUGCUCUCCACUUUAGCAAAACGCUAUUUGUGUAUAUCAGGUGCUAGUGUGCCAGAAGAAUGUGUCUUCAGUAUUGCUGGAGACAUUGUUAAUGCACAAAGAAGUACUCUCACUCCAGAGCACAUGGAUCAGUUAGUUUUUCUGAAAUCAAACCUGGGAAAGAAACAAAGGCAUUGUGUCGACACUUAGCUUUGAAUGACAACUCCCUUGAUCUGGUUCCAAAUGAUAAGCCACAUUUUAAGAAGUUGGAAAGACCUGUUACUGUUUAUAGACUUGCUAUUUUGAGUUUCUGAAUGUUGUUCUCACUGGCAGCCCUGUGGGUAUUUUUGUUC